GAUACAAACACGUCAUUCAAAAACCACAUAGGUACCUAAUAUAUUAGGUAUCUUUAAUAUCAAACAAACGACUAUCGUUAUCAUUUGAUUAAUAUAUUUCAGUAAAAUGAUAACAAAAGCCGAAUGAAAUGUCAACGUGUUUAAUCAUAAGAAUAGAAAAGUUGUAACCAUAAGGAAUAUAGGUAUUAUAAUAGUUGUAACUUUAGUAAUGUAAAUUAACUAGGUAGAAAGUUUUUCAUAGUUCAUAGUUUGACCAUAAAAUUAUUACUGUAAUCACAAAUCAGAUUUUUUUUUUUGUUAUUUAACUAUUGGUUUAUACGAUUUAUAAGAAUUAUAACAGGUAGGUAUGUACAACAUACUGUAACUAAAAUACAUAGGUUACAAUUUACUUUUAAACAUCAAUUGUUAGGUACUAUUAUGUACAUUAGAUAGGUAUGUAAGUUCAACAAAGUCUUUGCUAAUAAAUUUAAAAAUGUAGUAAAACCUUAAUAAAAUUAAUAAUUACAUUUUGUCUACUUAUCUCGGAAGAGUGUUUUUCAUUUGAUUCUGCCAUCAUAAAUAAUGUAUGUAUAAAACUUAAUUCAUAAGAAUAAAUACUUAUUGAUAUUUGAUAACAGUGAUCAUUUUUUGAUAACAGAAUGUCGAUUUCUUUAAUAUCUGAGUUCAGUUAGUAUUCUUUACUGUGUUUAAAUUCAUUAUUUUACAUUCAUUUUGAUGUUUAUUUGUUUGAUUACAGUUUCCGGUACAAAUGUUAUUAAACAACUGAACAACUGUAAUAUUAAUAUAUUACUUCAAUGUUAUAGACUUAAUUAUUUGUUAUAUUGAGUUUUUUAAUUUGGAACAAGAAUUUAAUCAAUUUUAUUACUUAAAAUAACAUAUAGAUAGAUUUUAAAAAUUUGAGAUCAUUACACGUAAGAAGAGUAUUCUUCUUAACACAAUAGCCGGUCUUGGAGUCUCAACGCGGCCAACACUAUCUCAUUCUAUUAGCCUCUAUCACAUUUCUCUCGAAUCAACUUUAAAUUGGUUUUUCUGAAGAAGUGUAUUAUUUUAGUAUGUUAUUUAUAAUUUUGUAGUUAACCAAAUAGAAGUUUAUGAUAAUUUUAAUUAAGUUGAUUAGGUAUUAAAGUUUAAUAUUUGUAUUAUAAUAGUUGGUUAGUAGCGGUUAACCUAACUAAAUAUGAAUUAUAUCAUAAUAUUAAUUAUAAUUUAUAAACUUAGCUGAUUCAUGUCAUGUACAUAAAUAAUAAAAUAAUAUUUAAGUAGGUUAGGUAUAUUUACUUGUAUCAAAUUACCAAAAUGUAAAGAUAUUUUCUAAAAUGUUAAUUUUUGAAAAACAAGAAAUUAUGCUUUUAUUAGUACCUGUGUACUAUCAUUCUAGAACUUUGAAACAAUUAUUAAUAAUAGUAUACACCUAUAUAUUGCGUAUACAUUUUUUUUUAAUACUAUUUACUCAAAUAAUUACACUGUAUAUUAAAUAUUAUAUUUGUGCUGCUUUUACCAGUUUUAUCUUUCAUGUUUAAAAUUGUUCAAAAAUAAUAAUUUUUUCACCUUUUUAAACCAUUUUAUUUUGUUUUAGAGUAUUGCAAUGUUAAGGUAUAGAGGGAAAAAGAUAACAGCACUAAAUAUUGUAAAAGAAUUAGAUUCUUUUCCAAAAGUCCAAGAAGAAAUUUACGAACCAUCUACUUAUGAUAACAUAAUAUGUAAGUUAUACAUAAUUCAAGUUUUAGAUUUUUGUAAUAUAUUAAUUAGGACAUCCUAUUUUUUGCAAUGUUUGUUUAUAUUUAACUCAUUCACUACCAUGUAUUCUACUAUAAUACAUGUUGUGUAAUUUCUGCACCAAAAACAGUGUUAAUUUCUAACAAAACAUAUCUUAGUAGAAAAUGAAUGAAAUAUCUUAAACUUGAUAUAAACUAUAUAAACUUGUGAUAAAUUAACUAACCAAGUUAUAUUCAAACUUGAAAAAAUCAAAUCCAAUAGAACUUAUUCAAAUAAGAUGGCAAAAACAAAAUGUUAUUUAUCGUUAAAUGAUAUUUUAUGUUUAUUUUUAAAAAUCAGUUAUUUCUUGUCUCAAGUAGAUAUUAUGCAAGUUUUUUUUAUGUUAUACUGAAUAAUGAUUAUUGAUACUAAGUUAAUACAGUAAGUAAUGAGUAAUUUGUAUGGCAUGUGUAAAAAUUAUUAAAAAACAACCAGAUAAGCUAUUGAUAAAACUAAGUUCUAUAUUGUUUAAAUGUUAGGACUCAACAAAUGGUUGAGACAUAAAAAUCUUAUAAAAAUCUCUUAUCUACAUUCUACAUGUAUAAUGUAAUGUGUUGGAAUAGAAAAAAUAUUUAAAAAACUACCACACAUGCCUAAAAAAAAAAAUGUUUUCAUCAUGAUUCAUAAAGCACAUUUUGUAAAUUUACCUCUUCUUUAUUUAUUCUUAAAAAUUUUAAAUAAAAAAAUUGUUAUGUUUUUCAGUAACUGCACUGGUUGCAUUAUUUGGUCUGUGGUUGAUAAUUUCUCAAAUACAAUAUGUGUUGCAAGAACGUUAUACAUAUAAAUUUGUAACAGAUAUUGAAUAUGCUACCAAACUUCAAAUACAUAUAGACAUUACAGUUGCAUCAGUUUGUGAUAGUAAGUGUGUUAUUGGUACCUAUUAAUUACUGGAUAAUGAUUUUAAUUUAAUUGCAUUAAAUACAUUUCAUAUUUAGGCAUAGGUGCUGAUAUUGUUGAUACUACAGGACAAAAUAUGAUGUUAUUUGGAGAGUUGAAAACAGAUGAUACUUGGUGGGAAAUGACAGAGAAACAGCAGAACUUUUUUAAUGAAAUGCGAAAUGUCAAUGAAUAUUUAAGAGGAGAUUUUCAUUCAAUGAAAGACUUAUUGAUGUUAAAAGGUUUUCGUACAUACAUAAACACCAUACCAAUAUUCCCUGUUAGGUAUAUUUGAACAGCUAAAUACUUGUCUUGCUUAUCUAUUUAUGUUCAUAAAAAUGAUAUAACUGAUUUAGCCACAUUAUUUGUAGUCCUUGCCAUUGUAAUAUUACAAUUUUUAUUUUUAUUUCUAAAGUGAAACUAUUUUAAGAAUUCAUAAUAUGUUUGAUAACUUAAGUUCAAUUUCAUUAACUACUAUCAUUGCAAUUUAAUUUAUCUACUGCCUUGAAGAUAAACACACACACACAUAUUCCCAUUCACUGUUUCUGUUUAUCCAAUGACCAUACAUCACAAUUUUUUUUAUACUUCCAUUAUUACUCUUGUGGCUCUUUGAACUUGAAAAUUAUUUCACCAAAUUAAAGAUGACAAUAUACAUUUUGUUUUUAUAGAGGGAUUUUUUUAUAUUUUCACUAUAUAAUUUAUAUCAAGAUUAAAUUUUAAAGUAAGAAUAUGUUGUCUGGGUAUUGGUUAUCAAAAAAUCCCCCAGUGAAAACAUAGUAAAUGUUGUUAUCCUUAAUUUGGUGAAACAAUUUUCAUUUUAAGAGCCCUAAUUCUAAUGGAAGUAUAAAAAUACAUAUUUGCUAUAUUAUUUAUUAGAUAAAUAAGGGUAGCAAAUGCCAAACAGUAGUCUAAAAUGAAUAUUUUUCUUACAUAAAAUUAAUUUCUCUUAAAUUUGACUUCUGAAGGACAUGCAUUAAAUCAAUUAUAAUAUUUUUGGAUACCGAAUGUAAAUUUAUUGUUGUCAGUUUUGAAAUCAACACCUUUAAUUAGGGAGUAGUAGAGUGUUUUUUAAGUUUCAAUGAAACUUCAUAUUUCACAUCAAACUAUAUAUUAUUUUGAAAGGCACUUAAUCUAAAUUUGUUAUCAAUUUUGAAAUUAACUCCUUAACUAUGGGAACAGAAGGGUUUUUUUAGUUUAACAAAAUUUAAAUAUUUCACAUAAAUUUAUAUUUUUACAAUGCUUUUUUUCUAUUUAUUAAUAUGGGCUUAUUUACAAUAGAAUUACUUAUAAAACAUAAUAUAGUGUGAUUUUUUAUCAUGAACCAGCAAUUAUUUCAGAGGAUUUUAAGUGAAUUUGAUUUCUGUUUUUCUAAUCAUUAUUGAACUGUUGAGGUUUUAUUUUAAAACCAUGUUUUAAUUUUUUACCCUUACUCCAUAUAAUUUAAAUAAGUGCAUACUUUUAAUGUAAUAGACACCCACCCCUUUUGAAUACUGAUUUGAAUAGACAACAUUUUUUUAGAAAUUUUGAUAUGCAUAAUACUAAUAUCAGAUUUAUCAUUUAUGAGUUAUAACAGUUUAAAGUUUAGAUCAGAGGAGUAGGUAAGAGUAAUAAAUUACCUAUGAUCCUUUAUCACAUUUUAGAAUAAAAAAUAUGUUGACAUUAUUAAUUACUUACCUUGAUAUAAAAAGUCCAUUUUAUAAUAUAACUAUUCUAAAUAUUUUUUAAAAUAAAGGUAGGUUUACACAAGACGUGAGCCAAGACGCAAGUUGUGACUCACAACAUGAUUUUAGUUCAGUAAGAUGGAGUCAUUAGUGGCGGAAGCAUGUUCUAUUUUGUCUGUUGUGUUGGCUCAACAAUUGAAACAAUGAUUAACAGAAAGUGAUAGAUCUAAGUUAAAAAGUAGAAAGAAAAGGAAAUGGUGGGUAAAGCAAUGGAUUCAAAAGCGUAAAAUUAAUGGCGGUUCUAUGUUUAUUUCACGCGAGUUAGGAAAUGAAAAUCCGGAAGAUUUCAAAAACAUUUUAUGUAUUGUAAUUUAGUAUUCCAUAGAACUUCUUCUUUUUAAUAAUAAUCUAUAAAAUGCAUUAUUUGUUCGUCAUUCAUUUUCAUAACAUUUUUAUUUACACUCAUGUUGUUGAUAUAAUAAUAAGAUAAUAAAUGUAUUAUAAUUAAAUAACUUUCAAUUGAGUAAAAUAAUUUAAGUUAUUACAAGUAUUUUUAGUCAAAAUGUUAUAAAAAGAUAAACAUAAUCAGACAAACAGUACAUCAUAAUUGAGGUUUCAUGACUGAAAUAUCUAACAUGGUUUGAUAUUGUACGAGAUAGUCAUGAAGUACGAAUUAUCUGUUUACACAAACCGUGAGCCAUGCUUCUAAAGACUACACAAGACUACUGGAGUAAAAACUACUGGCUACUUACUCGUGUAAACCUACCUUAAUGAAUCUGUUUGCUAUAGUAAUAUUAUGAAAUAAUUUGAAUAACAUUAUGUAUAUUAUCAGUCAUAAAUCAAUUUCGCUUACCACUAUGAUAGUUUUUGUCAAACUUAGAGUUUUAUAAUCAUGUAAAGAUAACAUUUAUUUCAAAUUUGUCAUUUGACUAAAAUUGUAUCAUACAUUCUUAAUUAAAUUUCAUGUAUGCUAAAUUUACAUCUCAGACCAAUAUGUGCCAGUGUGGCAAGAUUUAUAUUAUAUGCAAAUUUAUUAAUAUAUUUUGUUAUUUUAUUUCUUUAUUUCUUUAUAUAUAUAUAUAUAAGCAUUUUUUAAAGAUGUAUGAAUUACUUGAAAUAGUUUAUUAAUUUAAUUCUCAAACAUUAAUAAUCAUUUAUCAACAAUAUUAAAAUAUACUUUCUGGGACUGUCUGGGAAUAAUGUUGAUUAUGAUCAUUAUUAAAAUCUAUUUUGUUUGAGUUUAUACAGUAACAUAUUUGAUCAAUUUUCUUUUAUUCAUCAUUCAAUUAUAUAUUUGAUGUAUAACAAAUAAAAUAUGAAUUUAAUGAGUCAAUUUUUUUUCAUUUUUAUUAAAAAAAAAAAAAACCAUUCUUUCUUUGAGUUACAUAGUUAAAUAUUUAAAAUCAAAUUUUGUUGAAAAUUCAUUUAAAUUAAGUUAUAACAAUUAAAACCCAAAAAUUAUAUCAUCAAAUAUCAGUUUUCUAUAAUACACCUUUAUCAAAUUUUAUUAAAACAUGUAAACAAAUAAUAUACUUUUAUUUUUAAUAUGUAUUAUUUAAUUGUUAGAGAAUUUAUGUACAUAAAUAUUAUCUUUUAACCAGUGAUUUCAAGUGAAUAAUAUAAAAGUAUAGGUAUAAUCUAAUUACAUGAAAGUAGUAAAAUAAUGAGAACUUUUAUUAUUAUUAUUAUUUUUUAUUAUUUAAAUAUAAACAUUUUGAAUAUGUUCUUAAAACAAAUAUGCUAAAGAUUAUGUAAAAAAAAAUUUGACAAUGAAAAAAAAAAAGUAAAGGUUUACUCAAAACUUAAAAUUAUUGGAAUUAGCAUUCAUAAAUAUUUUAAAUUGUAUUUCAUAUUUUCAACAUGUAUUCUAUUAGAAUUUUACCCAUUUUAAUAUUUUUGAAGAGUUAAUAUUUGUAUUGUAGUUAAAUAUUUACAUAAUAAUUUUAAUAUUUUUAAUAAGCAGUGGAUGGAAAAAAAUUGAAAUUAAUUUUUUUAUUUUAUAUUUACAGGGAUACUUUACCAGAUACUUUACCUGAUGCAUGCCGUAUACACGGAUCUUUAAUUUUAAACAAAGUGACUGGAAAUUUUCAUAUUACUCCUGGAAAAUCAAUAACUGUUCCAGGUGGUCAUGUACAUCUUUCGAGUCCAUUUUUUGACUCAGUUGCAACUAACUUUUCCCAUAGAAUUCAUCAAUUUUCAUUUGGCAUUCCUAUUAAAGGAAUUAUAUAUCCUUUAGAAGGAGAGCUCCAUGUUUCAAGAAAUGAAAGUAUAACAAAAAAACUAACAUCACUUGCAUAAUUUAAUUCAUAAUUUAUUUAAAUUGUUUAAAAAGGUGACGUGUCCUAUAAAUAUUUCAUAGAUGUGGUGUCUACAGAUAUUAAUACACAUUUAGCUAAAGUUAAAACUUAUCAGUAUUCAGCUAAAGACAUACAAAGGAUAAUUAGCCAUGAAUCUGGUUAGUGAAAUAACUAAUUCAACUUUUCUAAGAAUUACAUUUAUUUUUUAUAAUUGAAAUUGAAUUUAUAAAAAAAAUAGGCAUGUAUAGAGUGAACCAGAAAUUUUAUUAGUUUUUACAUCCAGUAGAUUAAAUUAUCUUUAUAUUUUUUAAUUUUUAAUUUUAAUAUAGGCCAGUGCCCUAAGUAUUAAAUUAUUAAUUAUUAGAAUUAUCACACCAUACAUGGACAUAAUUUAAUUUGGAAUUUAUUUAAAUGAAUACUGUAUGAAUUUUGUUUAUUUGUUUAUGUACAAUAUACAUUUUACAAGUAUAUAUUAUAAUACAGAACCAUUUAACAAAUUUUGAUCAAUUACAUUCUUUAAUUAUUAUUCUUCAAACUCAAUUUAGCUUAAGAUUGUCAAUCUUAGACCAAUGAUCUCAGCAGUCCGGUCUUAUUUUUCCUUCUUGAUGAAAUAAUAGUAUUAUAAACUAUGCAUAGGUAUAAUUAUUAUGAUUAAAAGGUUAUAAUAUGCAUAAUAUGUAAAAAAAAAAAACCAAAGUGUUUUUGAUUAAUACUAAAUAAAAUAUCAAAUAUAAAAAAUGAAUAAAUAAAAAUAACAAUAUAUAUAUAUUAUUGUAUUUUAUUGUAUAUAUAUAGUUCUAUUUUUUCAGUUUUCUUUGAUAAUAGUAUUUUAACAAAAAAAGUGAUGAAAACACACAAUUUUUAAAACACUUCAACCUUGUUUUUUUUUCCUAAUAAUAUAUUUAUUUUUUUGCAUGUAGAUACAGUGUGUAAAUUGAAAAUUGUAUAUAACAUUGUAAUAUCAUUUAUUAGAAUUGUUUUAAUUAUGUAAAAUAAAUAUUUAUAAUAUUAGGGGGGGGGAUAGUAAAGUAUAAACUAUUCAACAGAUCUCAUCACUAUCAUUGUACUUUUAAUAUAUUUGUUUGUUAUAUUACUAUACAUUUUUAUAAAAUUCAAGCCCAAAAUUAGCUGAGUUACAACAAUUUUAUUUCAUUUGAUUUGUUGAUUUCAUACUAUUUUUCACAGUUCAUUCUAAAAUAAUUGUAAAAGAAAUAUAAACCACUUGGAAUUCAUUAUUCUGUAACAUUUAUCAGGAAUUUUAACCCAUCACUAAUAAUAAUCAUAAAUAAUCUCCCAGUGUAUUAAUAAAUAUGUAGUUUUUGUAAUUACCUGUAACAUGUAUUAGUAUGUCAAAAUUACAUCAUAAUUCAAUAAUGACAUUUAAUUCAUCUGUUUGGAGAAUAUUUAUCCUGUGUUUGAAAAGUAAUUUCUUGUUUUUACAUUAUUUUCAAUUUCAUUUUCUCUUUAUAAAAACAUGGAGGGAAUAUUAAUGUAUUUAUUAUACUAAUGUAUAACAAUUAAAAUUAUAAUUAUUAUUAGUUACAAAGUAAUAAUUUAAGUAUAUUUAAUAUGGUAAAUUUUUACCCUGCAUGACCAAAUGUAAAAAAAAAUUACACGACCAGUAACAGGUAAAAUUUGCUGUCAUUAAGACAAACUUUACUUAAUGGCUUCAUAUCUAAAAAUAUCAAAUGGAUUGAAAUUGUCACAUUUCUGAAAUUUUAAACUUUAAAAAGUUUCGCAAUUAAAAUUAAUGGAAAAAGUAACUAGUAGUUAAAAUGAGGGUUGCUUUAAGAAAAAAAAAAUGUAUUGGGAAAGUGCAUAUUUAAUUAACAAUAAAACAAUUCCAAAUAAGUGAAAAUAAGUGAUACUUAUAACUAAAUAAAAAUUCAAGUUGCAUAGCUCUGUGCAAGGAUGUUGAGUAUUUUCAAUUAGUAUUUACAUUUACACAUUGUAUACCUACAUAAUAUGUAGGUAUGUAUUGUUAUUUUAAUAUAUAAUAAUUUUUUUUUUUUACAUUGUAUUCUUCUUAACUAACCUAAAACUUAUAUUAUUUAAUAUUUUAGGAAGUCAUGGUAUGCCAGGUAUAUUUUUUCAAUAUGAUGUAAAUGCUCUCAAAUUUAUUAUCACUGAAGAUAAAAUAUCAAUUUUUCAUUUUGUUAUUGAAAUAGCAUCAUCCUUUGGUGGUGUAUUUAUAUUAUUUAGUAAGUAAUUACAUUUUAAAAAUAUAAUUUGUAUAACUUUUAAAGUAAUUUUUUUUCAGAAUUAAUGAAGAUCAUAAUAGAUAAAAUAAGAAAAAAUAUAUAUUGUUCACAUAUAGUUGGAAACUCUCAUUCAAGAGAAAAGUCAUGAAUUUUUAAUGAAUUAAUUUAUAAAAUAUGUAUGAGCUAUAGAAAAUUAAAUUAAUUUAUUAAAAUUACAUUUUCUUUAAAAAUAAAUUAUCAACUGUAAAUCUAGAAUAAUUAUUAGAAAACAAAAAUAACUUAAAAACCAUCAAACAUCUAUUAAAUAAUUUAUUGUAGUUGCUAUAAACAAAAUGUAUUAUUUUACAUUUUUCUAACACAAUAAUUAUUGUGUUUAAAGAUAAAUAAAUACAAGAUAAUGAUCAAAUGAACUCCAUACUGCAUAUGUUGUCUCAGUUAUACAAAUGUAACCAAAUUUGGAUUCAGUAAAACCAAUUUUGUGCUAUAAGUGUUCAUUCAUGUUGGAGUGAAUUAUUUAUAUUCUUGAAGCCGAUUUUAUGAAAAUUACUAUAAGUUAUUUUAUUUGAUUUAUUAUUGUAAAAAAUUUUUUCAAAAGUAUUAUUUCUUGUUAUAUAAGUGUUAGUUUUUUCCCAUUUUUUACACUUUCAGUCAUUGCUCUUAUCAAAGAAACUCUGCUUUUUUUUAAAUAUUUAAUAUCAUGAGUUAUAAUAUUUUA